AUGGUUCAUGAGAAGGAAGUAGCCAGGGGAUUGGAGUGGAGGAUAAAGGUAGAAGAUGGUUCAUCCAAUGCUUUGGCUCCUGAGGCAGGGUUUUCCAGGAGAGUUUUGCGUGGUCUAAAGGGUCUGAUUGCUGGGCUGGUUCUGAAAAUCUGGAAGUUUUUGAAGAAGAGUUGGGACUUAGGCCACAGUGACCCCAGAAAAGUUAUCCAUUGUUUGAAGGUUGGGGCAGCACUCACUGUUGUCUCACUCGUUUAUUAUAUGAACCCUCUCUAUGAAGGUGUUGGAGGAAACGCCAUGUGGGCAGUCAUGACAGUUGUGGUAGUGUUCGAAAAUAAUGUUGGUGCAACACUUUAUAAAUGUUUGAACAGAGUGUGUGGAACUUUUCUUGCUGGUUUUCUUGCUAUUGGUGUCCAUUGGGUUGCUAAUGAAUCAGGAGAACAAAUUGGGCCCUACGUUGUUGGAGUUUCAGUAUUUGUUUUAGGUUCUGCAGCAACAUUCUCUAGAUUUAUUCCGUCCAUAAAAUCCCGGUUCGAUUAUGGUACUAUGAUCUUCAUCCUCACAUUCAGCUUGGUUUCAGUAUCGGGUUACCGGGUUGAUAAGUUAUUUGAUAUGGCACAUCAAAGAUUAUCCACCAUCAUCAUUGGGACUUCUUUGUGCAUUCUCAUAAGCAUGAUUAUUUGCCCCAUUUGGGCAGGCCAAGAGCUUUACACAAUGAUGACUCGUAACAUGGACAAACUUGCCACUUCAUUAGAUGGUUGCGUGGCUCAGUACUUUAACAGCAAUGGAGGCUCUACAGAUGGCAACAAAGAAUCCAAUAAAGAUGUGUUAGGAUAUAAAUGCGUGCUAAGUUCAAAGGCAUCAGAAGAAUCUAUGGCCAAUUUCGCUAGGUGGGAGCCUCCUCAUGGCCGCUUCAACUUUAGACAUCCAUGGAGGCAAUACCUCAAAAUUGGCACGUCAUUGCGCAGUUGUGCUUAUUGCAUUGAGGCUCUCAAUAGUUGCUUAGAUUCUGAAAAUCAGGCUCCUGAGCACCUGAAGAAGCGUAUCAGCAACAAUUCUUUGAAACUAAGCUCCAAUUGUUCAAGUGUUAUGAAAGAGCUUGCAAAUGUUGUCAAGACAAUGAAGAAAUCAUCCACCAUUGAUCUUCUAGUUGGAGAAAUGAACAGUGCAGUACAAGAGUUCCGAAAUGACUUAAAAUCUUUUCCUACUUCGUCCUUUCCACAGUCAUUGCCAGAAGCUGGAAAUACCCAAAAUAAGAACACAGAGCCAACCUCCACAAGAGCAGACUCAGUCUCUCUCAUGGACAUAGUUCCAAUAGUAACUUUAGCUUCUUUACUAAUUGAAAUUGCUUCGCGGAUUGAAGGGGUUGUUGAGGCGGUUGAAGAGCUAGCAGAUUUAGCUGCAUUCAAGCCUGUGGCUACUGAUAAGACAGAAGAAAACCAGCAUACUAACAAAAUUGUACCAGAUCAACAUAAAGAAGAGGAAACAUUGAAGACCCUUCAAAAAGUUUAA